AUGGAGCUGAGAGUUAAACAUCCAGCUCCCUGGUACCGCUUUAUCCAGGAUGUGCUGAUUGCUGUUGUAAUUCCUAUUGGGAUUUCACGCAGUGUUAAAGCGAUCAUAAAUACGCCAUUCAGUUUUGCCAUUGAGAAAGCUUUUCUAGGAAGUAAUAUAGGCUCAAAUAACUCGGGAUUGAAAUGCACUGAUGAUCGCUUCCAGUACAGGAUUAAAGGUGGAACCGAUAACAACCACACUGUCCGGGUGUACAUACAAGGCAAAGAUGGCGAAUUCAAUCGUGUACUUAAUGAUUCUUACUGUGGUGUCUGGCUUAGCAUGGAUUUUGAUGGCUCUCUGGUUCUUGAAGCUGAUUAUGAAGGCUGUUAUGUCGAGAUGGACAUGGACUAUACGGUGGUGGUUAUGCUUAAACAAAAUGUCAAUGGACAAUGGGAUGCUUAUCAUAAAGAAAAACUGAGAUGCCCCUUAACUAAUGGUGUGGUGAUGGAUGCCCCAAGCCCCAGUGUCUGCAUAAAUGUCCAGAGGGCAGACCGGCUUCCUUGUGCUGGUCCUUCGCAAUCUCAAGCGCUCUGCGAGAAGACUGGUUGUUGCUACGAUCAAAGUGAUCCAAGGACUCCAUGCUAUUAUGGAGAUAAAAUUACUGCUAGCUGCACCAUGGAUGGACAGCUGUCUGUUGCUGUAUCGAGGGAUGCUACGUUACCGCCAUUGAUCCUGAGCACUGUCCGGCUUCUGAGAGGUCAAGGUGCUGGCUGCACCCCAGUAGCUCAAAAUGAUGUGUUCCUCCUGUUCAUGUUCCCACUGUCAACCUGUGGUACCACUGUUGCCGAAAAUGGUGCAUUUAUGGUGUAUGAAAAUGAUCUGGUGGCAGAGAAGGAUAUUAGGAGUUGGCGUGGUGCAUCAAUUUCCCGUGAUAGCACCUUCAGACUGCACAUCCGCUGUAGUGUUUCGGCCAGUGACCAUCUACCAAUCAGCGCAGAAGUCUUCACGCUUCCUCCACCAUCCCCAGCUUCAAGCCAAGGUCCUGUCUCACUGGAAAUGAGAAUUGCUACUGAUUCAAGUUAUGGUCAGUACUAUGGAGAUGGAGACUAUCCCAUAGUGAAAGUGCUGAGGGAUCCACUGUUUGUUGAAGUUCGUGUUCUAAACAGAAAUGACCCAGCUCUAACACUUGUACUGAACCAAUGUUGGGCAACUACAUCAAGCAACCCCCUUCUUGAACUACAGUGGCCCAUUUUGGUGGAUAGGUGUCCGUUCGAUGGUGACAAUUACAGAACUCAGUUGGUAUCUAUUGAGGGUUCUGCCAGGCUGGACUUUCCUUCGCAUUAUCAAAGAUUCAUUGUGAAUACUUUUGUGUUUGUGGACUCUAUGAGCCAGCAACCUCUUGGUGGACUGGUAUACUUUCACUGCAGUGCUUCUCUGUGCCUCCCAUCAUCUUUUGACAGCUGCCUAGCUGCUUGUAGAUCUAGACAUGUUGAUCACUUCACUCACACGAUGGACUGGACAAGAGUGGCUGUUGCUGUCUUGAGCUAA